GGGGGAGAGGGGAGUUCCCGCAUUCCCCGGGCUGGCUGCCCGGUUGACUUUUGAUUUCGUCAGUGGCCGUCACCCCACCUUGGAAGCAAAGACCGUCUGAGAAAGUUUAUAUCACGACCGGGGCGCCUUCCGCGGGGAGAAGCUUGAGCUGCCUUAUCUAGACCUCCUCACUCCCACACUCACAUUCACACUUCACCUCCACUCCACACAUCUCCAUCUCAUCAACAACCUCCGAAUCUCAAUCCCCAGUGUAUCAUCAACAUCACGUUCACAAUGGCCCAACAAUCACCACCCACCGAAAUGCGCCGCUGGCAAAUCCCCGCCCCAGGCGCCUUCAUCAAAGACCUCACCCUAGCAACCGUCCCAACCCCAUCCCCCACGAUCCUGAAACCAACCCAAGUCCUCGUCCAAGUCGUCGCCGCGGGCAUCAACCCAGCAGACUACAAGCUCCCCGACCUAGGCCUCGUCGCAAAAGCAAUGGUCUCCUUCCCCCGCUGCCCAGGCAUGGACUUCUCCGGCCGCGCCGUCGCCGUCGGCUCCGACAUCACCGACAUCGCAGCAGGCGACCUCGUCGCCGGCCGCGUCGACCCCUUGGGAAGCCACGGUUCCCUGAGCGAGUACCUCGUCGCCGAGCGCGACGGCGUAGCCGCCUUGCCUCACGGGUCUGGCGCCGCGGAGAGUCUGGAGCAGGCUGGUGCGGUGGGCACGGCGGGCCUGACGGCGUACCAGACCAUCGCGCCGUACGUGAAAGCAGGCGACCACGUCUUCAUCAACGGCGGCUCGGGCGGCACAGGAACCUUUGGCAUCCAAAUCGCCAAAGCCCUCGGCUGCACCGUGACAGUCUCCUGCUCCACCGCCAAAGCAACCCUCUGCAAAUCCCUCGGCGCCGACGAGAUCAUCGACUACAAGACCGCCGACGUCGUCUCGACCCUCCGCGCAAAGGGCAAAAUCUUUGCCGUCGUCGUCGACAAUGUCGGAAACUCGCCGCCGAACCUAUACAAGGCCUCGGACGAUUUCUUGCUCGAGGGCGGCCACUACAAGUUUGUGGGCGGGGCGGUGUCGUUUGCGCAGGUGAGUAGUCUUGUGCCGAGCAUGUUCUUGCCUGGGUUCCUCGGCGGCGCGAAGCACAAGUUUGAGGCGUUCAUGACGAAGAAUACGCACGCGGAUUUGGUGCAGAUUGCGGCGUGGAUGGCGGAGGGUAAGGUGAAGACUGUGGUUGAUUCGACGUACGAGUUUGAGGAUGCUGUCAAGGCGUAUGAGAAGCUUAAGGUGGGGUCGGCGGCUGGUAAAAUUGUUGUGAAGGUUGCGAAGAAGGCUUGAGUACUGGGCUAGGGAACUAUUUGCAUCUCUGGGGCGACGGAGAUGAGAAGGAGGAUCAGAAGGCCCGAAGGGCAAACCGGAAAUUGGACUUCUUUCACGCGAUUGAUUUGGAAGAUGUGGUUGGGCGGCUUGUUUCUCUUUGGCG